GGUAUACUGUCAUCAUUGGUGGCGAUCGGGUUUGUGAUCGCUCUCUACUCCACUCCAGACAACGGCAAGAAUCGGUCGACAAGACUGUGGUAUUUGAUUGGCUUUGCGUUCGCAUCAGGUCUUGGUUUGGGACCACUUAUGGAGUACGCGAUUUUGGUUAACCCGACGAUAAUCCCGACGGCUUUCCUCUCGACAUGUGUUAUAUUCGGCUGUUUCUCUCUGAGCGCUGUCUUCAGUGAUCAGCGAAAAUGGCUUUAUUUGGGCGGAACUCUUAUGUCAUUCCUCUCACUUCUUCUGAUGCUUUCUAUCAUUAAUCUGUUCAUUGGAUCCCAACUCUUAUAUCAGAUCCACCUGUAUCUGGCAUUCUUCGUCGUCUGUGGCUUUAUUAUGUACGACACAAACCUCAUCAUUGAGAAGAGACGCCGCGGAGACACCGACUAUAUCUCGCAUUCAGUUCUUCUGUUCUUGGAUUUCAUCGAUAUUUUCCGAUAUCUUCUCAUUAUUUUGACGCAAAAGUGUAGUCUAUUGUACACCGCCAAUGAUAUGAAUCUAAGCACUGUGGAAGCUACGAGCAAAAUAAUUAUUUUGUUAGAAGAUCUCACUCUCGAUGACCACUUGGAUGAGAUUGACGACAAAGAGUUCGCCAUUCCGGCCAUCGAUGGACCGCUUCCCACAAUCGACAGUAUUCUCAAUGAGGCAAUAUCUGCUCAAAUCAAGUCCGCGGACACCGAUCGCAUCAAUGGUGGAAAGCCGACAGCGCUUACCGUUUCCACACUUUACGUGGCUAUCGGAACAUCGCAUGGAUUUGUUCUCGUCUUUGAUUUACGACAAGUGAUGAAAUCAUGUCUCCGUACAGACAGUGAUUUGGGAUCAGUGUCUGCGAUGUCUAUCAAACGCGAUAACUCGAGACUACUUUGCGGUUAUAGCAGA